AGCCAGUCUAGAACGUAUCUUUGAAGUAGAACGCUGAGGGCAGAACAAUUGUGUUUUGGAUUCCUUGCCGUGCGGAUCGCGAGUUAUGAAAGCGCAGCAGCAGCAGCAGCAGCAGCAGUAGUAGUGGCAGUAGCAGUAGCAGCCAUAGCCAUAGCCAUAUAGCAGCAGCAGCAGCAGCAGCACUCGAGCAGCAUUCAAAAAGAACAGCAGCGAAACAGCUCAAAACUGAAAUCCAAACUCAGAAACAGCGCCAUCGUCGUUCGAGCAGCACGCAGCAGCAAAAAGCAAAAAGCAAAAAACAAAAAUAAAUUAUAAAAUAACUAUACAAAAACAAAAAACAAAACAACAGCUAAACACUAUCUAACAAAACUGCUGAACGCGACCAACGGCUAAAAACGUUCAUCUAUAGUUUCUUGUGUGAAAUCAAUAUAACUAUUAUUUUUUUACUGUGUGUUUUUUUACGGAACUUUUUCCCGCGUGUAGUUAGUUGUUGGCUUACACACUCUGUGGGUUAACCUGUGUGUGCGAGAGAGCGUACCGAACGGACGGACGUCGCUGUCAACGUGAACGUCGUUGUUGUCGUCAUCGUCAUCGUUGUCGUUGUCGUUGUCGUUGACGCAGUCUCAGUCGCCGUGGGCGCCUUAGGCCAGAGCAGAGACCAGGGCUGCCGGAUCGCGAGUUAUGAAAGCGCAGGCGUCGCACGCAUGUAGCAGCAUUGGCUACAACAACAAAAGCAAAAGCAACAGCUCCAACACCAACACCAACAAAGCCUUCUGAUACAAUCAAACCCAUAUACAAAGUAACUGGAAAGCAAGAGAGAGAGAGAGAGAGAGAGAGAGAGCGAGAGAAAGAGAAAUAUCUAUAUUUUUGAUAGAAACCGUUUUACACGAGCACCGAGCACCCAAAAUCAAACAAAAAUGGAUACCAGCGAACAAAGUUCGAUCAUCAAUGGAUCAUCGGGAGUGGGAGUGGGAGCGGGAGCGCAGAAGCGACAAUCGCAGUCACAACAGAAGGAUCAGUCGGAGCCAAACAACAACAGCUCCUCGGGCAGCCCCAAAAUGGGCUCCCGGCGCAUCUUCACGCCUCACUUUAAGCUGCAGGUCCUGGAAUCGUAUCGCAACGACAAUGACUGCAAGGGAAACCAGCGGGCCACAGCACGCAAGUACAACAUCCAUCGACGCCAGAUCCAAAAGUGGCUGCAAUGUGAACCCAAUCUACGCUCCUCGGUGGCAAACAAUCAGCACCAGCAGCAGCAGCAGCAGCAGCAGCAGCAGCAGCAACAGCAGCAGCAGCACCAACAGCAGCAGCAGCAUCAUCAACAGCAGUCGGUGUCCCCGACACCUGGACAGGUGAAGGCGCAUCAGUUCCACAAUUUGGACCAUCCGCUGGUCCAUCAGAUGCAUCACCAUCAUCAUCUACACCAUCAUGCCGCAGCGGCUGCAGCAGCAGCGGCGGCUGCAGCGGCACACCAUGCCCAUCAUCUGCUGGCAAAUGGAUUCGCUGCCGCCCACCAUCCGCACCAACACCAGCAUCCGCAUCCGCAUCCACAUGCGCAUGCGCAUCCGCUGGCUGCCCAUCCGCAUCUGCAUGUGCCUGUGGCGGUGCCCGUGGCCGUGCCAGUGGCAGCAGUGCAUCCCCACCAGCAACAGCAACAGCAACAGCAAGAACAGCAACAGCAACAGCAGCUUCCAGCAGUCGCCAACAGCAGCAGCAGCAGCCUGAGCAAUGGCAGUGCCACAAGCAAUGGCAGCAGCAGCCAAGGCUCCAUCACAUCCGGUGGUGUCCUGUCGGCGGCCAAAAUCGUGGCCGUUGUUGCCGCAGUAGCCAUGGCCAACAACAGCACAAGCAGCAGCAGCAGCAGCGGCAGCGGCAGUGCCUCCACAGCGACGCCAACGCCAUCAGCCAUCAGUGCCAACCCAUUGCCAUAUACCCAGAGCAGCGGCAGCAGCAACCACAGCCCCAGCGCUGCCAAUAUCCAAGUGCCAACGCAAGUGCCAAUCGCGGUCUCCCCGGUGGCCAGCCACAUUCCACACCCACAUGCCCAUCCGCAUGUCCAUCCCUAUGCCGCUUAUCACACCUACCUGCCGCACCAUCACCAUGCCCUGGCUGCCCAGCUUCAGGGAGCGCAGGCCCAGCCAUCGUCAGCGGAUCAUCACCUUGUGCAGGGUCGCCUGGAGGCACCACCCACUCCGGCACCCAUGGAUCUGUCGCUGGGCAGCUCCGCGCGCCGCCAGCAAAAGCUCGAGAUGGAAAUGGAGCUGGAGCUGGAGCACCAUCGGCCGCGCACUGCUGCCGGAGUGGAUCUGACAUUCAGGAAGCGCAAGGUGAGCAGCACGCCAGUGCAGCCCGACAAGAUCAGCAAACUGGAGACGAUCAAGUGCGAGCCGGAGCCGGAGCAGGAGCCAGAGCAGGAGCCAGAGCAGGAGCAGGAGAGCGAGGAUGUCGAUGUCGAUGUGGAGGUCGAGGCUGAGGCGGAGCAUGAGCGCAAGCUCCCUUCCAAGCAGGUGAAACUCUUCAAGCCAUAUCUCCUGGACGACGAUGAUGAUGCCGCUGCCGCUGCCGCCGCCGGUGCUGGGCAUUCGGAGGAGACUGAUGAGGUGGAUGUCCACGAGGAUGAGGAUGAUCACAUUGUCGAGGACGACGAUGAUGAGGCGGUCGAGGGCGAUGCCGAUGAGGAUCAGCACGAGGAUCGCAAUGGCAAGAAGCAGCAGCGUCGCCUCAAGAAAAACAAGAAGGUGGGCGAACAGCGGGAUCCCAUUAUCUGGAGCAAUCAUCCGUAUCCGGCCUGCCUCUCGCCCUCCCCUCACGCCCACGCCCACGCCCGGAGCUCGCUCUCCGGCAGCAGCAGCUUUCAGUCGCCGCUGGUCAUGCACCUGCAGGCAGCUUCGAAUGGCAGCGGUAGCGGCUCCCCGGUGUCCUGCCAACUGCAGACAUUUCCCGGCCGGAGUCCUCAGCACCAGUUUCAGAGCAGAAGCGCCAGCAAGACAUCCACCCCCAUCCAGAGCGUCCUCAGCCCGUUCUCGGCACCAGCCCUCUCCCCCACCGGCUUCUGCUGCCCCAAGGGCUCACCCGUGUCCGGCUACGAGAGCAGCUCCUCCACCUACAGCGACAGUGCCAGCAGCAGCAGCAGGAAUUGCGGCGGCGGCACCACCACAGGCAGCGCCAGCGCCAGCAAUUUCAGCCUCAAUCUGCAGCUCCAUGCCGCCGUCUACAACGACAAUCUAAUGUACAUCCAGCCGCAGCAUCAGCAGCAGGCGCACCUGCAGCGCUGGCUGGAUCAGGAUGCUUUGGCCGCUGCCAUGGCCGCCAGCAGUCAUCAUCCGGCGGUGCAAGUGCUGCAGGCAAGGCCAACAUCCAACACGGCAGCCUCGGCGGCAACCAAUCUGACAUUGGUGGCAUAAGCAGCAGCAACAGAUGGAGGAGCAGCGGGUGUGCGUUGCUGAGAUCCCACCAAGAAGUUAUGGCAGUCACUGGGCCUGGCCUUCCUAGCGUUAAACAAUUACCAUUUAAUAUAAACAUUUUCUUUAUGAGCUUAAGCGAACGUCGUUCUUCAGUUAUUUGCUAAGAGGAUGGGAUCCCACAUCCUCGCUCCCCCCAUCAAAUAUAUAUCAUAUAUCUUCCAAGCAUAUCAAAACCAACCCCCCCCCCCCCCCCCCCCCCCCAA